CAACGCUCUAGCAGCUUAUCAGUUAUAGCGUCUUGUACAAAAACUUCUUUUGUUGCUAGGAAACCGAACCUCUGCAUUACUUUUCUUAACAUUAUUUAUUGUCGUUAUUGUAUAAACCAAUCACUCAUAAUACUGGUGGGAUUGUAAAUAACCAUAAAUUAAUUAAUUGCUUUAUUUGCUUGUAUCCCUUUUUGUGCAUGUUGCAUUUUAGUUUUAACUAGGGUUAGCUUCCUGUUCGAUGCUUUUAUUGUGAAGGGGAAACUUCCGGUGUAACUGUUAACACAAAGACAGCUUAACGGCAGCCAAAAGCCCGAGGAUAAGUUGGAGCUAAAAUGUUUCGUGUUGCUAGCAGCCCGUUUUCUAGAAGCACACGGUUUGGCUGAUUUUGAAAGCAGAAGAAGAGAGUGGAGCCUCUGAUGUGUCACUUCCUGCUGCGAUGCAGAGUUCAGUCUGAGAAGAAGAAGAAGUUGAUGUGGAGGAUCAUCUCCUCGCUGUGACCAACAUGAAGCUGCUUCAGUUCCUCUGGAUCCUCCAGCUGAGCUCGCUCUCUCCAGUUCUUCUUGAUGUUUUCACUCCAGACCCUCUGACAACAGAGACGCCUGAAGAGUUUGACUACGACCCUUAUGUUCAUCACCUCAACGCUACAUGCAGGUGGACUCUCAGGAUCCCUGGAGACCGCACGAGAAGGCCAGUUCCACUCCCACCGGAUUAUUUAGACAUUCUGACUAAGCAGGUCUGCAAGGACCUUAAAUGUGGAAAAGUUCAUACUGUGAAGAAAACCACAUCACCUGUCAAUAGCAAGUGCUUCCAUGACUGUUUGCUCCGGGACUGGCGUCUGAAGAGCUGCUUACAGACGUUGACGGCAGGAUGCAUCGUGGCCAUGGAAGUGGUCUGUGGUCAUCAGUCCGUUCGGCUGAAGGGAGCUAAGGAUCAGUGCGCCGGGCGGGUGGAGGUCUGGAAGGACAGGAUGUGGGGCACGGUGUGUGACGACAGAUUUGACCUGAGAGAAGCCAACGUGGUUUGCGCCCAGCUGGGCUGUGGGACCGCUCUAAAGGUGACGGGUCAGAAUGGAUUGUUCCCUCCAGGGAGCGGACCGAUUCACCUAGACGAGCUGAACUGCACCGGGAACGAGCAGAACCUGUGGUUCUGUCCGGGUGUCCAGGAAAACUCCGACUGCGGACACAAAGAGGAUGCUGGUGUGGUGUGUUCAGUAUCUAAGGCGUCCUUCGGAGUCACCACAGCAGCUCCUCCUGCAGCCGCCCCUUCUCCAGAACAUCUCUGCAUCAUAUUUCUGUCUAUUGCAGUGCUUGGUCUGGCCAUCCUGAAUCUGGUUCUCUGCUGCCUUUUCUGCCACUGCCACGUUGGUUCUAACGUUUGCAAAGAUCCGGGCGGUGAGGCCAGCAGAGCCGUUGGUUUGAAGAACCUGAUGAACGUGACUCUGUGGUCGACGAAGUGGAAACAAAAAUGGACCAAAGCUUGAAGAAGCAUCGAUUCUAAAAUUCUGAUUUAUAGAUCACAAGUAAUGUGGAAUAAAUAUUAAUCAUAAAGUCUAGUUUAACAAUGAAUAAAAACAUUAAAACAAAAAUAAA